CUGUCCGCGGGCAGAGCUGCAUCCCCCCGGUGACGCUUGACAUUUCCUCCAUCCAGUAGUUGGGAUAUAUUUUUCUCUCUCCCCCACCAACCCCACCCCAUUCCCCACUCCCCCAAAGCGGCGCUACGGUGGAGCUGGAAGUCUUUUGGCACCAGGACAACCUCACACUCAAGAGGCUGCCUCUCUCCGACGCGCGUACUUUGCUCACCCGGUCCUCCCGCUGAGGAUUUGAAAUUUAAGCGACCCGCUCUCGUCCGCGGGCAACGAACAGAGGGGCGACCCGGAGGCGUGCAGUGGGCGCGGCGGUGAAUGUAGCGGCAAGGCUUGGGCUGUCCGUCUGCAAGGGCGCACGGCGGUGCUGCUGGACCGGAACACACCAAGUCUCUCGUGCCCCGUGGUUACACCCCCGCCAUCCCCCCCACCGCCACCUCUCCGGUGUCCCGGACACUGCAAACAUGUUUCUCGUCGGGAGUGUGCUCGCGCUCUUCCUCUCAGGUGUGUUGCUAUCUUCAGCAGCCAUCUUCCCCUUCCCUCCACCCCCCACUGACUGUGUCGAGGCUCAUCGGGUGUGCUCCGCCGACCUCCGGUGCGAGGCGCUGUACCGGGGCUUGGAGCUGUGUGCGGCCGACGCAGCGGUGUCCCCGCUGGGGGAGCAGGUGGCCGCAGAGUGCCUGGAGGGACAGGACGCUCUGCUGGCGAAGCACCCCGCCCUCCUGGCCUGCAAGUGCCAGCGCGGUUUCCGCAAAGAGGAGCAGUGCCUGCGCAUAUACUGGAGGGUUCGCCUGCUGCCAGGGGAAGACGAGCUGGAAAUAUCUCCCUAUGACAACACGCUGAUGGAUACUCGCAUGGGCUCCUUAGUGGCUGCGUCAUCUUUCAUGCAGCUGGACGGUGAGAACCAGUGCCUGAAGGCAGCACAGGACUGUGGCCUGUACGAGAAGUGCGGCUCCCUGCGAUCAGAGUACGUCCUGGCCUGCACCAAACGGGUGCCCGGCACCAACCGAUGCAAUCAGCACAAGUGCCACCGGGGCCUGCGGCGCUUCCUGGAGCGGGUGCCCGAGGAGUACAGCCUGGGUGUCCUCUUCUGCCCCUGCACCGACAACCUGUGUGGCGAGAGGAGGAGGAAAACCAUCGUACCUUCCUGCUCGUACCAGGAGAUGGAGGGUCUGCAGCCCAACUGCCUCCACCAGCAGAGCUUCUGCCGCCGAGACGACCUCUGCAGGUCCAGACUGGCUGAUUUCCUUAAUAACUGCCAGCCAUCCCCUCUGACGCCCAGCGGCUGUCUGAAAGACUCAGCAGGCCUGUGCCUCCGAGCCUACGCUGGACUCAUCGGGACCAUCAUGACACCCAACUACGUCAGCAACAGCUCGGAAGACGUGUCGCUGUGGUGUAACUGUGAAGGCAGCGGCAACCAGUGGCAGGACUGUCUGAGACUGCAGCGCAUGUUCACCCACAACGCCUGCCUGCGUUACUCUAUCAGCUGGAUGGGGAGCCCCGGCUCCCUGCCUGGAGACAUCACCUCCCCACCGGCUCCCAGACCCUCCCCGCUGGUUCAGAAGGACGAGCUGCUGAGCAACAACCACCUGCCUGAGCACAACAACAUCGUGGUGGAGAGUGAGGAAGAGGAGGAACAGACACAGACAGCGCAGGUGAUUGAUGAAGGUGGCCAGUUUGACGUCAUCCCGCUGUACUCGGAGAGGGCCACCGUCUCCAACCUCGGCUCCCCCGGCGGGACAGGCGGGGCCACAUCCCUCACCGCCGGCCCUCCUGAAGCCAUCCUACUCUUUCUGCUUCUAUCUGGCUCACUCAGCUGGGGGUAGUAGAGAGGAAACAGAGAAGACACACACACACACACACACACAUGCUCACACGCUCACAUAUGAUGGACCUGCCAACAAUCCUGGACUGAUUGCUGUAAAAUUGUGGGAAACAUCGUGGAGAAAUGGACUUCACAUUUUGUCAGUAGCAUCCUUUUGAUUUCUCCCUUUUUGCCCUGGCUUGAUUCCUUUCCUUCUUAUGAAAAUGGCACUUUGUCCAACGUGGUCUGACUGCAGCUGCAGUGGCAUAUAUUAAUAUCCAGUAUUAAUAUCCAGGGAGCACGAAAAGUUCUCGUCGCGCUCCGUGUUCACACGCUGCCAACAGACGAUGAGCAGCACGUAGCUGUUCCUGCCCAAGGUCCAGAAAUAAAUAGCUGGUUAUUAGUGUUGGGUUGUUGGCACACAAAUAUUACACAUGAUGUGUUUACAAAAUAACUAUAUCAGCUUGUCAUACCGUACAGACAAAAACUGCAAGCAGCGAAACAGCAGUGACUGCAUAGCUUGCGCAGCUAUUCUAAAACUCGUGAGCAGGAAGUUCAGAAUGUAGGCUACCGUGAUGAAAGUAUAGCAAGCUAGCUGGGCUACAUUUCCAUUUAUCAGCGAACCACCCGAUGCUCUUAUCACACGACCCUCGCGUACUUUACCAGGCUAACGAGGCGACGUGCUAACCGACAAGGCUGUCGGCAUCUUAGCACACAAACACAUCGUCUCUGAUGUUGCAUUCGUCAUAGUUAACGCUUCCAUGUGGCGUUAGCAUGCGAAAGAACUGAGCCGGUUAACUUGUUACGGAUACAUUGUUGAGACAAACAUUACAUUUAUGAUAGCCUAUAUACUGUUAUUUAUUCAUAGCUUCUUCAAACUCCGAUUAUAGCUACUUUUUUUUAUAGUCGGAGUGAUGAAAAGUGAUUACAAUUUUGCUAACUAGCAAUUUUUGCCAGCUGGCAAAAAUUGCUGCAUCCAUACUCCGAACUCCUUCAAUUGGCCUCUGGCCCGUCUUAAUGUUACGGUCAUUUUCAUUUCAAAAUGACUCGUGGAUGGUACAUUUGUUUAAAGCCAAUCAGACGAUGGGCCAGAAAACAGGAGAAACAAAAGGAUCUGAGCAAAGUGGCUGCUUGGAUGUGAACAACCCAAAGAAACGCCCGCCGGCUGCAGUCGGACCUCGUUGUUGUUAUUUAUCAUUUUGUUUGAACUCAUUGACGGAUGAUGAUUUGUCCCGCCGUUAGUGACUUACCUGUCCGCGGGUCACCCUAACAAUGACUGAAGCCCUGAUAGACGAUGCUUCACUCUGACUUUAUCACGCUGACGGAUGGAGGGAUCCUCCUCCCCCCUCGCCGCCAUCCCUCGUCCACAGCCGCGGCGAAUGACAAAUUACACACUUGUCUCUCAUCGUUUGAUGAACAUCCAGUGCCACGUUUGUCACGUAUGUGAGAGACCGCACAGAAAAUCGGUGACGCUUUUUGCCUUAAUUGUUCAUAGUCUUGCGCCGUAUACACAACACACACAUAUACAACGUAUUUAGCCAAUUCGUCUCUUUUUUGCUUUAUUGCUCUCACCCUUCCCUAUUUCUCCUCCACGGGGACUCAGGACCAGGGCCCCCGCAUUGCCAUGUGCACCGAUGUGAAUAAAGCCGUCAUAAUAACAACAAUACAGCGGAAACAAGAUGCUCUAAAACGGCAGAACAAAGCAAAUAUCUCCCCAGCAGGCAGAAAAACACACACCGUACUUCUGACACCGACACAGCGUCAAAAUGAAGUGAGGGAGAGGGAGGAGUCGGGGAGAAAGAGAUUUAUGGAGGGAAAAUUAGGGGAGAAAAUAAGGCCACGUCCCUGUGUGGUCUUUGUGCGUUUGAUGUGUUACUUGCUUUUAGUUGGGAGGCUGGUAAUCAGUCCCUGACAACAUCUCUUUAUCAUCUGUGUGUCUGUGUGUGUGCGUAUGUGUGGGUGUGUGUGUGUGUUUCAGGCAAUGAUAGAAAUAGUGAACUAUAGCGAGAACAGAAAAGACCCUGGAGCACAAACACAGCAGAGAGAAUCGCCGGCUCUUGAUUUUCUAUGUCUUGUAAAUCUUUUGCCGACACCAUUUCAUUUCUCUAUAUUCCCGAUAUUUCUUGGAACGUGUAAAAUCAAAUUCCAUCUGCAGGGGCGCCAAUGAAGCUGGAGAGCAAGGAGGCAGAGGAGGGGGGCAAAGAUGGGAGGAAAGGGGAUUGGAAAGAAAGCAAGGAAGAGAGUGAGGAGAGGAGGGAGAUGAUAGGAGACCAAAUGAGGAAACAAAUAGGAGAGAGAUGAAGAAAAAUGGGAGAGGAAGAAAAUAGUCUACGAAAGCAGCAAGAGUAAUGGAUUAUAGUUGAGGAAGAAAAAUCUGACAGGAAACUGAAGAGGUGAAGAGAGAAAACAGUAGAGGAUGAAGGAAGGAGAGGAGAAGGGAAUAUAUACUUAAGAAAGCAUCAAGGAAAGGGGGUGAAAGAAGGCAGCAGAGGAAGAAAAGAGGAGAGAAGGAAGCAAGAAAGGGUGUGAUGCAGAGACAGAAGGGACGCCGACUCAAAGGUGGGACGAGUGAAGGGUGAAGGAGGAAAGAGGAGGAAAGAGGAGGUUUCUGCUCUAGAGCCACAGAGGAAACAAACAGCAGAGGGAAUGAAAGGAUGCGGGGAGAGAUGGAGAGAGAGAGAGGCGUGACAGGUCGGAGGUGGACUUUGACCUCUCUUUCUCUCCGUGUGCAACUGCUGAGAAACACACACAUAAAAACACACUCGCACAUCCAAUCUCCAAGGUCCCUCGGUCUGAACACACCCCUCGGACAAAAGGAAGAGGAGGGGACAGAAGGGAGGGAGAGAAGGGAGGGAGAGAAGGCUCCGGAGCCGCCCUUCUAAGGCGACGUCGGCCGUCCGCCGGUUUGUUCUGCCGGCGCUUUUCCCGAUCUCUUGUCGGAGGAGCACAACACCGAUCCUGAUGACUUAUUUAAUGUUCGGGGGAAUUCCCAAUGUGGCAUAAUGCGACGAAGAAAGUUCAGAUGCGGGUCGCACACAUUGUGCUGAAUUCAAAGAUCGUUUCGUUAUUGAUGUAAUAAUUUGUCAUGAGCAGCUGAUUACGCUUGUAAACAUGAAGUCAUAAUUAAAGCAGUUGGAGUGGAUGUGUCAUUCAUGUCAAGGUGAAAUAUCAUUCAGGACUGCAGUGAGAGGAGCACCACCUUUACUCACUUGACUCCUCCGCUGUUUCCUUCUCCAUCCUCUCUUUACGACCUCUGGUCGUAUUUGACACGCCCACUCACGUCGUCACGGUAACUUGGGUUUUGGGAAUGCUCCGAGUGGUUCUCUCGCUGGGCGGACUGGAACAGAACCAGUUCCAUGCUCGUGGAAAAGAAGUACCGCUGUCGUUUAUAGAAGGAUUGUGUCGGUUCUGUGGGAUAAUCCGAUAUUUAUAGUUGCCGUAUCGUGAGGGAUUUGAAAUCUCCGAGAGAGAAUAAAUGUAGUCAUAUGAUAAGCUCACUAGAUUUCUCCGUAUGAAUGCAGAAUCUGUCGGCAACGAGGCCGGGCUUUGUUUUAUAGUCCCAUUACCGAUCCUCCGACUGCGAUCUCGCUUUUUAUUAAUUUCAAUAAACAGAUAUCUGCAGAGGAAUGCAUUGUUCUCUCAACUCAAACUCCAUGGAAGAAAAAAAAUGUGUUCCAAGAGUCUCGACUGGCGCAGCCUGCUGGAGGUCGUCCUCGGCCUGAGCGGGAGCUCCGUCUGAGGAUUCUAUUUGAUGUCGGAUCACACCAGUGAGACUAAACGGGGUUAUUACACGUGGGAGAGAGCAGUGAUCUGGGCUCAGGACCAGUCGCACGCGGCUCUUUGAUGCUCCGCCGUGCGUGAAACGAGUCGGCGGAGCAUUAUUGGCCGACUGAACCGCUUUUGAGGUGGAUCCCAGUGCCUUGCUCGAGGGGCAGGACUAGUCCGAUUACCCUGGAGUGCGUCGACGGAGCUCUCUGUGUCCACAGCGAGGGAGACGGGCAGUCGAUGAGCUCCAGAGGGGAUGAACCGUCUCCUCUGACCUCCGAACCCCUCCCACCGUCCAUCUUUCCCUUACAUAGAAGUAGCCUGGGGGGUUAAUUGAGAUCAGCAGGGGAGGGCGAGGCGUCUGGUCGGCGUGGCCGGAGCGGCAGCCUCUUACCCCGGGAGCCAUUGUUCAAUUUAAUUGUUGUCUCUGCUGUUUGUCGUCAGGCCGACACCCGGUGGCAGGACAACAAGAGGGAUGGACAUCGGGGGAGAGAGAGAUGGUGGAGGGAGGGAGGGAGGGAGGCAGUGAGUGGACACCGGUGAUUUACAUUAAUAUGGACUGAAAUAAACAAGAAGAGAAGCCAUGCGUUAAAUCAACUCAGAGAGAGAGAGAAAGAGGAAGGGAGAAAGCCUCCAGGGUGACAGAGAGAGAAGGAGGAUGUGUGUGUGAGUGUGUGUGUGUGCUUGAAAAGAAGCGUUUGUUGUAUUGUUCUAUUAGCGCGCCGUGGAUUUACGCACACAAAAAGCACACGCACACACACCAUGUCAGAUUUGAGCAUCUAGUGUGUGUCUGCUUCCCCCCCUCCCGUAUGUUUGUAUUCUAAUCCAUCAGUGGCCUGACAUGGGGAUGCUGUCUUUCUCCCUUUUCUCUCUCUCUUUCUCUGCCUCUCUCUCUCUCCAUGCUACUGCGCGCAUGCGGCAUCCAAACGAGAGAUAAAGGCAGAGCAAAGGGGGAGGAACUAACUCCACAGCGGGGAGAGCUUCGUCCAGAGGGAGAUGACGCGUGCAGGAAUGAAGGGAAGAUGCAGAAGAAGUUGAGGAGAAGGAAAGAAAAGCAAGGGAAGGACAGGGAAAUGAUGGCAGAGACAAGAGGAGGAUCAAGGGGCGAGGGGGCAAGAGAUAGAAACGGAGAGAGAGAGAGAGAGAUGUGUGUGUCGGUGUGUGUGUGUGUUGCAGUGUGUCGCGGCUGAAGCCUGAACCUCCCUGCUCCAUUUCACACUCUGUAGGUCCUGACGCCCACACACACACACACACACACACACACACACACACGUUCGCCGCUUAUUCUCAGUCAUGCACGCAGAUAGCCAGAGAUGCACAUACACAGUCACAGUCGCUAAAUAUGACAUUCCUGCAGCUCUUCUCGCCCUCGGCUCUCUCUCUCUCCCAGGUCCCGGGUCCCUGCUCUGUCUGGCACUGAGGGUUCAGGAGACGUUCAAGAAGAAAAAAGCCCCUCUGAAACGUAGCCGUGAAAGCCAAAAUAAAUAAAGAUUUCUCACUAACCAUA